GGUUCAGAGAUUCAGAUGCACUUCUUCGCACUUCGCAUGCGUCGUAUCCAACUAUCUACUUCCGUAAACAAAAGAAUUUCAGCAUGCGGGAAUUUACAAGAAGCCGACAAUUCCUUAACCCCGAUGAAGAUUUUGUUUUGCACGGACAGAGAGCUUCAUACAGUGAAAAGCCAUUAGGAUUAAGGAACUCUCGAUUGACAAACACAACAUCACGAUUAAGUCAACACAUAUUAGAUCAGGAGGAUAAUUACCGUGAUAGAAGAUAUGCAGAGUCACUAGGAGAUCUUGCCAAGAGUUUGGAAAAUACUAGCAAAAAUGUAGACAGUACAUUGCGAAGAAGUGUAACAUUUUCUGGUCAUCACUCACCUUACAGUUUGAGUCACAAAACUCCCUUAGAAGAAGAAUAUGACAGAAUUAGGGACAGAAAGCUAUUUACCGAAUCCUUUGGAGGUCUUCCUGUUGAUGAUGGUAAGGAAUUGUGGUAUACAAAACCAGUUCACUUAAGCCGUCAGGAAUAUUCAUUAUCGCCACGAUAUGGAGCAUCCUCAAGAUCAAGGUCACCUCAAAAGAAUAGUGGAACAUUAGGCGCUGCUCUAGCUCUUCAAGACAAUGCAAGACAGCUUAAUAAUGAUGAAAGAAAUUAUUCAUUGAAAUAUAAGGAUUCAAACGGAUUGAAGUUUUUUCCUGUGACAUUACAGGCCUCCUAUGAACUUAGUGAUUUAGACAGGAAGUUGGAAGAACUUGAAAACAAGCCACGACCUAGAACAGCAAAAUCAUAUGUAAAGACUAGCUAUGAGCCAAAUAGUGUCAAUUCUAUGUACCUAUUGGGGUCAGAGGCUCCUGCAACACGCAAGUCAUCCCCAUUAUACACAUCUCCAUUUGUAUCUGACUUGGCAUCACUCAGAAUGGAGAGACUACGCAUCGAGGAAGAUAGAUACUUAGAACUUAAAAGAUUACAAGAGCUGGAGAGACUAAGGGGACCGCAUAAAAAAUGGUAUGAGUCAACUGGACCAGAUUUCCAUUAUGAAUCUCAUAAAAAUACAGAGAUGAUUAAAAGUGAGAAACAUUUUGACAAAUUAUUACAAUACAAAGAAGAGUUAAACAGAUCAUCAGCAGAAUGUAGAAAGUCUUAUGAGGCUAUUUGUGUAUAAAUAAUGAUUUUAGAUUAGUGUUUAUGGAAAAUAUAUGGCAGUUAGUAAAGUGACACAGAGAUUAGAUGUAGAGAAAACACAAUAUUGUAAUGGCUUUCUUUGAACCUUUUUUAUUUAUUUUCAGAGCAAUCGAUAUAUUUUGUUGUUUUUCAUGUAUAGAAUAUUUACAUAGUAAAAGACGUUAAAUUUCACUUUGUUAGGUCAGCAGAAGUUUAAGGGACUUACAUGUUCAUGUUUGGAUAAAUAGGGUUGACAUUGGAACUCAAACAAUGAAGGAUCCUUGAUACAUACAGAUAGUAGAUCUGACUUUUGAAGUCUUUUUUUUUUAAAUUAUUGACUUAGGUGUAUGCAUUAUUAAUGUUUAUAGAAAUCCAAUUUACCUUUUUUUGAUAUUUAUUUGCAGUGAAGUAAGUAAUGAGAAAUGUUCAUGUACAUUUGUUAUUAUUUUAAUUUUAAUUUAUACAACAAAUUAAACAUGUAUUUAUUAGUUAUUUCAAUAAUUUUAUUUAUUAAGUUAUUUUAUCCAAUAGUUUAAAUAUAAUGAAGU